AUGAGCUCAAAUAAAAUAACAUUUCUCUUAAUCUUAUUAGUUACAAUUAAUGCUUAAAAUUAUAUUAAAUAUAAUAAGAUUAUUGAUGAAAAUAACUAAACUAAUCUAACAAUUAGAGAGCUAUAAAAUAAUCCAAAUACAUCUUAAGAUAAUGAAAAAUGCAUUGCUUAAAAUAGUUCUGGCUUGUAUUGUGUUUAAUGCUAAUUAAAUAGAGUACUUCCAGAUUGCAAGAGUAUUGACGGCCAUUAUUUUGAUAAAAAUUGUAAUGAAAACUACUCAUUUGUAUAAGGCGAGUGUGAAUGCAAUGGGACUUGCGAUAAUUCUGAGCUUUAUUAUUCUUCUCAGCUAGGAAAAGACUUAAAAAGCAUUGUCAUUACUUUUAAUUAAAUUAUUGGAGUUAAAAAAACUACAUUAAAUUAAAUAAAUGAUGGAUUUGCCUUGUCUUAUGACAACUGUUCUAUUUUAGCUUAGUAGACCUAAAUUAAUUAUGGAUUAUAUGGUACUAGAUCUAGUCAUUCUGGGUGUUAUAUUAGAUAAUCUUAGUAAUAUUAAUUCGUCAUACAGCUGGGUGAAGAAAUGGUUUUAAAUAAUUUAGCAAAACCUCCAUAAAUUGAUUCAAGUUAAAUUUUAGUUUUUACUGGAAUACCUCUUUACUCCCCUCUUAAAAUAGGAGUUAGUGCUAUAACAUCUUAAGAAUCUUUAGAUAUGUAAAUAAGGGCCAUACCACCAAUUUGUUAGUUUUAAAGUAGAUCUUUUUCAGUUUCAACAUCCUAAACUACAGAAUAAAAUGCUAACCUUAAGAAAACUAUUCUAAAUAUUAUGUAGACGUUUUAAGCUGUUCAGAUGCAGAAGGAUUGGUCUUUUCAGUAAAAUAGCCGUCAGAAAACAUUAAGCUAACAUUUUAUGUGA